AUGACGAAGCUACAGGUGCCCGUUGGGCGCGUACGAAUUUCACAAAAGACACAAUUUAAGUGUGGCUAUUUAAGCAGUAAAUUUACAUUUGACCCAAUGCAAAACUCCAGGAGCAGCUAAUUGUAACAUUAAUUAGAAUCACGUCGCCAUUCGGCAGAAUAGAGCAUCUGCAUUUGUGAUGAAGGUCAAUGUAUGUGAAAUAACUAUAGCAUCUAAACCUGACUGCACGUUCUACCUCAAGUUAGAAUGGGACAAAGACCUGGGAGCUGGUUUUGUUGUUGUUCUCUGUGAUGGUGUCUCUGCAUGGAGUGGUGAAGUCUCAGAGGAGGAUGUCAGCAGGGAGGCCCAGGAGAUGGAGAUGCAAAGAGAGCGGUAUGUUAAUGACCUGCAGCUGAUACUGACUGGAGAGGUGCAGGCAAACCAGAGCUACAGCUUUCAUCUGGCCCCUGGGCAAUCUGGAAGCCAUAUUUUGGAGCUAUCCUAUGAGAAAGUUCAAAGUAACAUGUCGUUCAGGUUUGGCAUGGUGGAACUGCUACCUGUGCAAGAGCCAAUUAAAGUCAUAAAAGAACUUAUUAGUUAUGGCUUAGAGCGAAGUGCUCGCCUGGAAGCCAAGAAACACCACAUGCAACAGGAGAACGAGACACUGAGGAAUAAGCAGGAGCACAUCACUGCAGAAAUGGAGAGAUAUAUCAAAGAAAAGGAGACUUUGGAGAGCGAGCUAUACAACCGCUUUGUGCUGAUCCUUAAUGGGAAGAAGGCCAAGAUCCGCACUUUACAGGAAAGGAUAAAACAGCUAGAGAACACUAUACAAGAUAAAAAGCACAGCUGGAAGAAAGGGGAGGCCGGUCAUAGAGAAAAAGAGCAUGUAGAUGAGAAACUUGAAAACAGUGACUAUGGAAACACCACAGAUGAGGAAGAGGAUGGGGAUCCAAAAACUCAGAAUCUGAAACCAAGCAAUCAAGUGCUGGCAAACAGCCCCAUGGAUGACAGUCUAAAUGACAUUGCGGAUGUAGCCCCAAGCCGAAAAAGGCGUCAACGAGGCAUUCAGCCCUCAAAAUCUCAGACAAAAAGACCAGCUCUGGGACAGAGACAGAACUUAAGGAAUGAUGUGCUUGAAGAAACCAAAGCAGAAGUGAGUAAAGUUCCAUUUCAACAGCCUACACAAGGAAGUCCAGAUCCUGAUGACCUGUUUGAUGACAUCUAAUUUCCUUCAUGUUUCUGACACAUUAUUUAAAAAUCAAUUUGUAGAUUAAAGCAGGACAUUACAUAUAUAGCCUAGAUGUGAAACAUCCGACAACAGACAUUUUAGCAUUCCUAUUUGACAUAAAAAAAACAUAAUAAAGGUGUUUGUAUUUGUUUUUAUCAUUAUUUUUCAAAUAUUCAAUACAUUUGUGUGUGCUUUCCUCUUUUUUCUGUAUAUGUGUUAGUUGAGUUGAUAAUAUUUUGUUAAUUGUAAUUUCAAUAAUCUUUAUUGUUUUAUUUUAUUGCAUAGCCCAUUACUAUUUAAAUAGUGCAAUGCACAUAGAUAUUAUUAGUAUUACUCACAUGGCUGAGGUGGACGUGUUGCUGUCAUUUCUUAUAGGCAUCAUAGAGAAUUAUAGCGAAAUCUACCGGUUUUAUCUCCUGGACACAAUUUUUCUAGAUUUUUGUCUAAAUUCUCAUGUACUCUUUUUGCUGACUGGCAAAGCUGAAUAUACUGUAACCCUAGAUGAAAUUUGGACUUUUCCUCUGUAUUUAUUUCUUUUAUAUAGUCAGCUUUGCAUUUUGUUGGUCCCCUAAACAGUUCCAAUAAUUCUGAAGGGCGCUGUAUGUACAAUUCACCUGCACUAAGCUAUAUUUACUCAUGUCCUUUUGUCGUUUAAAUUUUAAAAUUCAAAUUCUGCACAAGAAAUUUAUGCUUGUACCACACGCAGUUGAAGUAAUUAUAGAUAAGUUUCCAUGCCUAAAUUACUAUUCAGUGAUUGAGGGUUGGAACAAUAUUGAACACUUGAUAAAAAUAAUUAGAUCUGUUCCUUGUUACAGAAUGAGAAUACAAACACUCAAAUUUCUUGAUGGAAUUGUAUAAGAAUAUGCAGGAGGUCUGUAUUAUUAUAUGCAUUCUCCUGCUUAUUUCAAAUGAAUAGGGUUUCUUAUGUCAGAGCUUGCAUUUGCAUACCAGCAACAAAGUCCUUUCUUAAGCAUACAAAGCCUGAAUGUAUCUACACAUGCAGCAAACCAGAAGUAUGGGAAGAAGCUCAGCUAUAAGACUACAAGUUUUCCACAUAAACAAAACAUAAUUCCAACACCAAGCAUGGCAAUUAUUCAAUUGUUCAAUCUUCUCUUACUCUUAAGAAUAAUUCAAAUACAUCUUGUAGUUUUUGAGAUAUACUUAUUUUGAAUUGAGCAUGCCUUUUUCAAGCAAUAUGCUCAAAAAUAGGCCCUGGGUUGUUUAGCAUAUUGUUUAAAUGUUUAGCAUUUUGGUUUGAACAGUAGCAAUACCUGCAAAGACUCCUCAGACAGAACCUGAGCAAAAGAUGGCUUCAAUCUGACCAUAAGUGCAACAAAAUGUUGUGAUCUGUUUUAAUGUGCAUGUGUGAAUGUUAUAUCAGGGUGCUAGGGUGCAAGGUCACUAAUUAUUUUACUGUAAAAGUGGAGCUACAUAUAAAAUGUAGUAGAAUGUUGACUCUGAAUAUUUAGUCACCUGAUCAGUGGGGUCAGAUGGUGAUCCAAUCUAAAGAUCAUUAGAAAAUCUAAGAUACUUCUACACCUCUAUGCAGUACAUAAACAUUCAUUUGACGCAGUAAUGUUGCAAAGUGCAUAUAUUAUGUCUAACACAUUUUAGAUUAAGUUUGUCUGGAAAUGAAGCUGAAAAGCACUAUGCAAAGAAAUCAUAAUCUAAGACCUACUGUUCAUCAACCAGGCCAAGCAAACAGAUCCAACCCAUAUUUGACAGAUGAAACCAGACAGUCCAAGUUGUACACUUACUUUGAAUUAUGUAAAUUAUCAUUUAUUAGACCAUUUCCAUUCUUCAGCUGUCCAGGUUUUAUGAUCAUGACACCAUCUUUUUCACAUUUUUUUCAUUGGUGUGUAUGAUUAAUGGUUUAGCAAUUGCAACUCUUACAUGGAUGUUGGCAUUGUAAAGUUCUUUGCAACAUUAGUUCUGUAUUGUUUGGACACAAUCCUUCCUAGUCAGCAUUCCUUAUUAUUAAGUUUUGAUUUAUGUCCACUAUUCUUCUUUGCUGAUGAAGUAUCAAAAACAUACUAUGAAACUGUAACUCAAAGUACAUCAAUCUCAAACUUACCAACUGAUUACAUAAGAAUGUAAAACUACUUCCCUCAAUCAAAAAAAACUGUCUAUCUACAAUCCUGUCAUUUCUUUUAACCCACUUUUAAUAAACUUUUAAUAAACU